AUGCUCAUCUUGCAAGAGUUGGGAGGCCAAGAAAAAUCCAUUACCGGCGCUGCAGAUCCUGCUUUUAUUGCCUCCAUUCUCGAUUCUGGCAACCUUCUUCUCUACAACUUGAAUUCAAGAAUUAUAUGGCAAAGUUUUGAUUACCCAACAGACAGUCUUCUGCCUGGCCAGGCCUUACGAGCUGACAGGCAGCUUGUUUCUAGCAUCUCUGAAACCAAUCACUCGAAGGGAAGCUUCCGGAUCUUGAUGCAGAAUGAUGGGAACCUUGUGAUGUAUCCAGUAGAUUCUCCACAAAAUGGAGACUAUUCUUAUUGGACAACGCAUAGAAAUUUCGGCUUCGCUGGAGAUAAUGCAAAACUGAUGCUAGAUGGAAGUGGCCGCCUAUACAUGCUCAAUAAAACUGGUGUCUUGUUCACGAACCUCACUAAUAGUGGUGUUCCCUCUGAUGGGAGAAUUUAUCGUGCUGCAAUUGAUGCAGACGGGAUAUUUCGGUUGUACUCUCUUCAAUUGGCUGGGAAUAGUAAUUGGUCAAUCGAGUGGUCUGAGCCAAAAGAUAAAUGCUCUCCUAUAGGCCUCUGUGGCAUUAAUGCGUAUUGCGAUCUCGUCAAUCAACAACCCCUUUGCUUUUGUCCUCCUGGUUUUGUUUCCAUCAACCAGAAACAAACCACGUUGGGAUGUGACAGAAACUUUGUUCCACAAAGUUGUUCUUUUGAAGAUGAACAUAUAGAGUACACUAUUCAGGAAUUGCAAAAUACCACAUGGGCAGAAAGCACAUAUGCCAUUUUGUCCCCUUUGACGAGAGAAGAAUGCAAUCAAGCCUGUUUAAAGGAUUGUAGCUGUGAAGCUGCUUUGCUCGAAAUCCAAGAAUGCAAGAAACAAAGGCUUCCAUUGACACUCGGGAAAAGACAACAAGAGGAUGGCAAACAAAUCACUACAGUAUUUCUUAAAAUAGGAAUGGGCUCAGGCCAGAACGGAACUCCGGCUCCCAACGAAAGCAGCAGUAAAGGUUUGCAAAUGGAUCUCUUGGUCAUUAGUGUUGCAUGUGUCGCUUUCGCGUUAAGUAUACUAGCCCUUGUCGCUUUCCUUAUCUUAAGAUAUCGUCUUUGGGCAUACAAAAAGGUUCCUUAUGAAGUUAGCGAAGGAUUAAUAGACGAUGUCUCUCUGAGAGCAUUUACUUAUAUUGAACUUGAAGUUGCAACGAAUGGCUUCCUCGAAAAAUUAGGUAAGGGCUCUUUUGGUACAGUUUUCAAGGGAACCUUAUCGAGCGGGCAGAGGAAAAUUGCAGUCAAAAGAUUGGAAAAAAUUGUGGCUGAAGGAGAAGUGGAAUUCCGGAAUGAGAUGAGGUCUAUUGGAAGAACCCACCAUAGAAACCUAGUCCAGCUACUAGGUUACUGCCAUGAAGGUUCCAAUAGACUUUUAGUGUACGAGUACAUGAGCAAUGGAACACUCUCUGACUACCUCUUCAAAUUAGAAAUAAAGCCAAAUUGGGACGAAAGAAUUAAAAUCUCUUUAAAUGUUGCUAGAGGCAUCUUAUAUUUACACGAAGAAUGUGAGACUCAAAUUAUCCAUUGUGACAUAAAUCCUAACAACAUUCUAAUGGACGAGUUUGGGUGUGCCAAGAUUGCAGAUUUUGGACUCGCAAAGCUAUUGAUGCCAGACCAUUCUAGGACUCUCACUGGGAUAAGAGGAACAAGAGGGUAUGUUGCCCCUGAGUGGCACAAGAACUUGCCCAUCACAGUAAAAGUAGAUGUGUAUAGUUUUGGUAUUGUAUUUUUGGUCAUUAUAUGUUGUCGUAGGAGCAUUGAUAUCAAUGUUCCUGAAGAUGAGGCAGUUCUUGUGGACUGGGUAUACAACUGUUUCAAGGCUAAUGAAAUGCAGAAGCUAGUGCCUGAAGUAGUACUUGAUCAGCAAAACUUGGAGAGAAUGGUAAGAAUCGGGCUCUGGUGUAUUGAAGAGGACCCAGCAGUCCGUCCUUCAAUGAAGAAGGUGGUUCAAAUGUUGGAAGGUACUGUAGAGAUACCAAUUCCUCCAUGCGCUUGA